AUGUCUUCACAACAACAAUUCCUCCUCCAUGCUAUCUUCUUACUCUCAUUUUCUCUGUCUAAACCAUGCUUGGCAAAUCGAUUCAUCCCAAACCAGCAGACUUGUAUCACCACCAAGAAUCUAAGCUCAAUUAAAAUCCCUUUAAAACGUAUAAUACACAAACCCACACCUUCCAUUAGCAUAGGUUACACUACUGAUGUCGGAUUUCACACCCAAGAGGUGGCGUAUUAUACCGAUAUAUCGAUUGGAAAUCCACCAACAACAUUCUCAUUACUCAUCGACACCGGAAGUCACCUCUCUUGGGUAAGAUCAUGCAGGGAGGGCACCUGUUAUGGGGGAAAACACUUUUACCCAAAGGAUUCCAACUCUUUUUACUUACUACCAUACGAGUGUGAAGAGCUUGGGAAAGAAUGUAAUGAAGAAUCGGACGAGUGCGAAGAACAUGGGAAAGAAUGUAAUGAAGACCAUGGAUGCAGUUUUGAGUUAAAGUAUGUAGAUGAAACCAACGCUACAGGCAUGUUAUCCAAGGAAACAUUCACUAUAUGGGAAGAUAAAUCCAUUAAGACGACGCAGAUACUUGGUGUACCAUUAGGUUGUGCAUUUGCUAACACAGCGUUGAAGAAUUUGGAUGGGAUACUUGGAUUAGGAGCACAUCCUGCUUCAUUUGCUAGUGUAUUAGAAAUUGAUUAUGGGAUUGAUAAGUUCUCUUACUGCCUUCUUGAUCAGAUUGAUGAUCCAGAUGAGACUUCAUCGAUGUGGUUCGGUGAACAGGACUUCAGUACGCAGGUCUUCUAUACACCAAAGCUUCCCGAACACAUUCAACAUUAUGCUGUGCGACUCUUAGGGAUCAGCAUUGAGGGCGAGUAUGUUGGAGAAUCGGCAUUUCCCUUAGCAUUGAUAAUCGAUUCAGGCGCGACUGUUACUACUUUUCCUCAUGUUGUAUAUACACAAUUGCGAAGUAAGUACAAACGUGUUGCUGCUAGACUCGGCUGGGUCCGGGCCACCAAUCUAAAAGGCAUGGUGUGCUAUGGUAAUGUUAAUGAUGUAGGUGAGCUAGAAGACACACCAUCAAUGACUUUGCACUUUGAUGGAGAAAAGGCGGACCUCGAAUUGAAGCCUCACAACAUUUGGAGGUAUUUCAGAGAGCACAAGGCUGCGUGUCUUGGGUUCGAUGAUGGCACCAGUAUUGGUAACUACUCCCUCACGGGAAGUGUCCAGCAACAAAAUAUUAGGGUAAUAUUUGAAGGUGGAGACGCGUUGCGCAUCGGGUUCGACCCAUCAGGUUGUUAG